UUUCUCAUAGCAUACAUAUUUAAAAAGACUAAUUGCUCAGUCUACACCAUUCUUCCCGCACGUUUCCUGUCUGUAAGCCUUACGUUUCAUUCAGGCCCAUUUAGCCACUGCGAGCGAAAGAAAAAAAAAAAAAAAAAAAAGAGAGAUACAAAAAUUGUUCAGUGGAACUGCUUUGUAAUUGGACAUUAUGGAGGGCCUUGACAUUCGGCACGAUUCCAACCUGUAUCUACAGGAAUAUAUAUCGACAUUAGAGAAUCUUCCGAGUGAAAUUCAAUACCAUUGGGCUGAAAUACAGAAGCGGAAUGAACAGUUGGAAGAACUGGAACGACACAUCCACUCUCGUGACAACAACCUAUCCAAGAUCCAUAGACAAGUCAUGAACAGCACAGAAACAAAGGCUGACGCUUUGAAAAACGAGCCUAUCAUUAUCAGAAAGAUAAAACGUGAUUAUGAUCGCAUACAAGUGCUAGCGGAUGAAAAAGUUCAGAUCGCAGAACAAGCUUUGAAAUUGCUGGAUAGGCACUUGCGUCGACUUGAUAACGACCUCGACAAAGUGCAUGACGACAACCGUAACGAAAGCCGCAACGAAAGCCGCUCACCACAAUCCAUGAUGCCGACCAGACAAGCUUCUCCAAUCAACACCACCCUCAAGCUUCCUUUGGCGGAAAUGAUCGGAGAGGGUUCACAGCGGAAACGCCGACGUGCAAAUUCGCACAUUUCUUCCGGUCGUUCUACGCCGUCAAUACGAACAAGAUCACGAGAGACCACCCCUUCAAGAGGUCCCAGGCGGCAGCAUGCACCUCCCCGACAUGGCAAUGACAGUGAUUCCCAGGGAGAAAGCGAUGAACCGUUGUACUGUAUAUGCCAGCAAGUCUCGUAUGGUGCAAUGGUUGCCUGCGAUGGCGAAAAUUGUCCACAUGAAUGGUUCCAUUAUGAUUGCGUUGGUCUAACUGCUCCACCUAAGGGAGCAUGGUAUUGCGAACAUUGCUUAGCUGAGAUGCAAGAGAAGAAAGUGAAGAAGCUGAAGCGGAAGAAGGAUUAGGAGCAUAUUACUUAGACGUUGGUAAGGUCACAUACUCGACGGUCUUCUCUCUUAUUAAUUGGCAAACACCACCUUCUCCACUCCUCUUUGUAAAUCUUUUGUAAUUCAUGUCUGUAUGUUUCUGUACUCUGAUUCUCUAUUGUCGAAUGACAACAGAAGCUAUGUAUUAUAAUCACACCCCUCUCAAGUUCGCAUACUUAUUCAG